AUGCAUCGACUUUUUGCUGAGCUGGAGCCAUCUGUAACCGUCACCGAGCAAAACCUGGCAGACCGAGUUCGGUAUAUCUUGCGCUCAAAUACAUUUGAUGUCACCGAACUCGAACGGCUACGACGUGAGGCUGUUCCUUCAUCGGGUGAAAAUGCUGCGGUUGAGGAUGCGGCGCCACAACUUGCUGAGCAAAUGGCAAAUGUGAAUGCCGCCGUGAAUACGCCAGUUGUGGUUGAUUCAAACGAUGAUGGAACAGUCGCCCAGGAACUGGAACUAGAGCAAAUGAGGAGUACAUUGGAGGAGGCGAUUGUGGAAACGCUCAGUAACCUCUCGAAAAUCGACCGCGACUUCCCCGCUUAG